AUGCCUGCCAUUGUGAACCUUCUUUUCAACACUGUGUCAACCAACACCACAAUCUCCUUCUCCCUGGUGCUGCCUCUGGUCAGCGUCCUGUCUCUGCUGGUGGGGGUCGGCGGCCAUCUGCUCAUGUGGUUGGUUUUGAUGCGUAACCGACGGCGACGCUCUAAGCCCAGUUCCGUUCUGUUGUUGAACCUUAGCUUGGCAGACCUGUGUGCCCUGCUUACAUUGCCAUGUGUCCUCCUCAGUGCCAGCUAUCAGAACUGGCAGCUAGGGGGAGGUAUCUGUGUGCUGCUGGGUUUUAUGACCUCUCUCACCGCCGGUGUAGACAUCUUCAGUCUGGCUGCAUUGUCGGUUCUUCGCUACCGCAUAGUGGCUCCUCCCGCAAGGCCCCCAGCCAGCCCCACACAGGUAGCGGGCACGGUGGCAGUGAUCUGGCUGGUCUCUGUUACCAUGGCACUGCCAAAGGUCACGUAUAUCCAGUUUGAUGGGGGUUGCACGUGGUCGGUGGGAAGGGGUCAGUGGCUUGGUUUCCUCGUCCCGGCGUUCCUGGUCUACUACGUGGCCCCUCUUCUUUGCAUCGCGCUCAACUGCGGCCUGAUCAUCACGCACCUGUAUCGAUGCCGCGGUACUUUGUCAGCUGACCGACGGAACAAGAAGGCCACCGCACUUCUCAUUGGCUCCACUCUGGUGUUUGCUGUCAGCUGGCUGCCCUAUUACGUUCUAGAGUUUGUCAAUAUCAUGUCACCACAUGUCAACUCAAUGUCCUCACCUCCCAACUGGCCGCUGGGCUCCACCCCGUCUCCUAGCCCCACCAUGUCAUCGUCUGAUACGGAGCCUUACGUCAGUUACGGGCACUUUUCCCUGCUCUUCCGAAACGAUGGGGGGCCAUAA